AUAGUAAUUAAAAAAAAAAAAAGAAUACAGUAAAUCAGUCGAUUAGCAUUUACCUUUUCAAUUUCUGCAAAUUCAUGCAAGUUGAAGCCACUAGAAAUGUUAAAUUUUGUUCCAGAACUCAUUUGCCUUAUUUUCAUAGUUUGCAGGCAGCUAGCUACUUUCUGUCAACCAACUUUAGUCGGUCUAAAGGGCAAAUAGCUGGUCACUUUUGAGUGAGUGACGAGAAAACCCGCAGUCACUACCCGAGGUGUGCAUUGGGUAAAUCUUGUCUCGUGAAAGAACUACAAGGAAGUAAACCAGUCUAAGUUGUCCAUAGCUGACCGGCUAAAACCAAAAAGAAGGCUAAUAGGGCGCUCCUGUUGGAAGUCGAAAUUGACACUUUUGGCAAGCUGUAUGAGUGCAUAAGGCUGCCAGUCUGCUCUAGAAAGAAUGGCCUCGUCUUCUUCACAGUCGGGACUAGACAUUGAUGUCAGAAUCAAGGCUGAGGAAGUCAAGGCAGGGAAGGAUAUGAAUUUCUACUUGCCCCUUUAUAAAGCUGCUAUUAGGGGUGAUUGGGAAGGUGCAAGGAGGUUCUUUGAUUGCGAUCCAGAUGCAGUCACAGCAAAGAUCACCAAGGAUUCGGAGACAGUCCUCCAUGUAGCAGUUGCUCGAAGCAAGGCGAUUUAUUUUAUAAGUAAGCUACUGGAGGUGAUGCCUUCUGAUGCAUUACGUAUGACAAAUAGAUUUCACGAGACAGCUCUUCAUUUUGCUGCUAAAUUCGGUAAUGUUGAGGCAGCAAAGCUGUUAGUGUCCCGAGAUCCUGGUCUGCCUUCUAUUUGGAAUGAUUCAAAUUGUUUGCCUCUACAUUCAGCUGCUCUCUUUGGCCACAAAGUGAUGGUUAUAUAUUUAUUAACUGUUACUGGAGAACAUGUGAGACCUAGUCCGUUUGCUGAUGAGCCCGGGAUCACUCUUAUGAUGCUUCUUGUGCAUUCCGGAUUUUAUGACGUGGCACUGGAUCUGCUUCUGCGACAUCCCCAGUUGGCUUCAACUGUAUCACCCGGUGGGAAUACUUCAUUGAGCAUUAUUGCUAAAAAACCUUCUUCAUUUCCAAGUGGAAGUUGCUUAAAUUUCUGGCAAAAGCUUAUAUACUCCUGUGUUCCACUGAAGAUGGAGCAGUACUCUAGCCACCCAACCUCGAAAGGCAGUCAACCAUCAACCAAACAACCUGGCAAACACAUGAAUGCACGUUGCAUGCCAAAACUUACAUUCAUGUUCUGGGAAGUCAUUGAAGGAAUAGUGCCUCUUGUUAAGUCUUUGUAUGACGAAAAACUGAUGCACUGCCAAGCAAUGGAACUUGUCAGAUCGUUAUGUACUGAAGUCAUACACACGAAUAACAUGAAGUCUGCCUUGAUAUAUAAACCGGCUAUUAUUUUGGGAGCCACUUUAGGCAUUUAUGAGAUUGUAGAAGAGAUUUUAAAGGCAUUCCCCAGCGCAAUCUGGUCGUUGGACAGGGAGCACCAUGAUUUGUUCCAAAUAGCAGUGAUGAACAGACGUGAAAAUAUAUUCAAUCUCUUGCGUGAACUGGGUGAGCAUACACAUUUGGUGACUCAAAACAUUGACACGAAUGAUAAUACUAUCUUACAUUUGGCUGGAAAGUUGGCACCUCCCCACCGGCUUAAUCUUGUCACGGGUGCAGCUUUGCAGAUGCAACGCGAGUUACAAUGGUACAAGGAAGUGGAGAAGUUUGUAACUCCGGGAUACAAAGUGAAGGAGAAUUCUAGUGGAAAAACGCCUGCAAUGGUGUUUACUGAGGAGCACAAAGGCUUGAUUGCAGAAGGGGAACAAUGGUUCAAAGACACGGCAAAUUCAUGCACAGUGGUCGCGGUCCUCAUUGCAACUGUAGUUUUUGCUGCAGCCAUAACCGUGCCAGGUGGUAGCAAUGGCAACAAUGGAUACCCGAUCUUUAACAGCGAGACGCCAUUUACAAUCUUUGCCAUUUCAAACACCCUUUCUCUGUUUUCUUCUACGACUUCAGUGUUGAUGUUCUUGUUGAUUCUCAACACGCGAUUUGCAGAAGCAGAUUUUCUCCACUCCUUGCCAAAUAAGUUGAUCCUUGGCCUUGUUAACUUAUUCCUCUCCAUAAUGUUCAUGAUGGUAGCCUUUAGUUCUGCGAUUUAUAUGGUCUUUGGGCAUAAGAAGUCUUGGAUUAUUCUGCCACUUGCAUUUGCCUGUCUUCCAGUGGGCUUGUUUGCAUCAUUGCAACUUCCCCUCCUUGUAGAGAUGAUCAAAUCAACAUAUGGCCCGGGCAUUUUCUACAAGCAACAGAGAUCUUAUUUCUGGACUGUGACAAAAUGAAGGCCUAUGGUGUGUUACUUCAUAAGAUAGACAUAUACUUCAGUGGGAGCGGCCUAUUGGCCUUCUUGAGUUAUUGGUUUGAGCCGGUCUGCUAAGAGUAAUCUAAGUUGGUUUACCUCUUUUGAUCUUUUGUCGGCUAUGGUCACAAUGCGAGGUUUAUCCCAUGCAUACUUUCGGGUAAUAGCUACGGAUUUUUCUUGUCAUCCCAAAAAAGAAUUCUUGUACAUUAGUAGUCUUUUGUCUCUUUCUCUUGACUAUUCUUUGUUGUACAUUAGGUAUAGUUUGCACUAUUAUGUAAACAGUACUACAAAGGCUUUUAAAACUGAGAUCAUAAUAUUCUAUUGCUCCUUUUUAAGUCUUGGAAAA